CAAUCUUUCUAUACCCCCAAAGAUUUUGUUUUUGUUUUUGUUUUUCCUUUCGAUUCUUGAAUUUAAAAAAAAAUGGGCAACGGGUUGAUGAAAUUGAACCUCUGCUUCGCCGGAGACUGUGAGGAGAGCUCUCGCCGGCGGAAAGACAUCGCCGGCGCUGAUCUGUCGGACACUCUGGAUGAAGGGCUUGGCCAUUCAUUCGUUUACAUGAAGCCCGACACGUCUUCAAGGACUCAUCUCUUCUCCACCGACUCAUGCUCUUCCACCACCACUACCGCCAGCUCCAUGACGACGGCGUUCUACACAAUCUCCGGCGCCUCCAUCUCCGCCAACACCUCCACGCCUCUCUCCACCGCACUCUUCGACCUCGGCAUCGAAAAGGCCUCAGCUUUCGAGAGUUCGCGGCUCUUUUCCUCAAUUCCCCUGCAGCCAGUCCCCCGGUCCGGCCCUCUUCACCGCGUUUCAGGAAUCGGUUCGGGUCCAAUUUCCGGCGGGUUCUUAUCCGCUCCGAUUCCCGAGACGCAAUACGAUCAGGCCGCCCACAGGCACAAACCCAAAUCCAAGAAAUGGAAUUUCCUCCGGAAUUUAAAGAAAAUUAUACCCAUAGAUUUCAAGUUAGAAAAAGAAACCAAGAAUCGCUACGGAAUCGACACCCCUAGAAGCCAAACCGGUGAGGAAGAUGACGGUGAUUUAGGAAUGGCGUCGCCGUCUUCCCGGGGCGAAAACGUUCAGUGGGCACAGGGAAAAGCCGGAGAAGACAGAGUCCAUGUCGUGAUCUCCGAGGAACACGAUCUGGUUUUCGUCGGAAUCUACGAUGGCUUCAACGGCCCAGAUGCCACCGACUUUCUGCUGCAAAACCUCUACACAAACGUGUUCAGAGAGGUGAAGGGAGAGUCAGCCGACGUGUUGAACGCCAUGGCCGAAGGGUUGAAGAAAACAGAGGCGGAUUAUUUGAACAUAACGGACCUAAUGCUGAAUGAGAAUCCAGAACUGGCAUUGAUGGGGUCUUGUGUUUUGGCAAUGCUGAUGAAGGGCCAAGAUGUGUUCUUGAUGAAUGUUGGCGAUAGCAGGGCGGUGUUGGCCCGGGUACCCCGUGAGUGCCACGGGAAUGGAAGGCCGAGGGCGAGCCACGACCUUUACAAAACCAUGUCGGACCUCAAACACAACCUGGUUUCUCAUCAGCUCACGGUCGACCACACCACUUCUUCAAAAGAGGAAGCGAAGAGAAUCAAGAGGGAACACCCGAACGAUUCGUCAGCAAUCAAGAACGACAGGGUGAAAGGAUCAUUAAAAGUGACUCGGGCUUUCGGGGCAGCCUAUCUCAAACACCGUAAAUGGAACGAUGCGGUUCUUGAAGCAUUCCGAGUGGAGUAUAAAGGCAACUCUCCCUACAUAAACUGCACCCCAUCACUUCACCACCACAAGCUAUGCCCAAGGGACAAGUUCUUGAUCUUGUCAUCAGAUGGACUCUACCAAUACUUCACUAACAGUGAAGCCGUGUCUGAGGUCGAGACGUUCAUGUCCAUAUUCCCGGAUGGGGAUCCUGCACAGCAUCUCGUUGAAGAAGUCGUGUUCAGAGCAGCGAAGCAAGCCGGGAUGGACUUCCAUGAACUGCUGGAUAUACCACAAGGGGAACGGAGAAUGUACCACGACGACGUCUCCAUUAUUGUUAUUUCUUUCGAAGGAAAGUUAUGGCAAUCGUCGAUGUAAUUAUACCACAUUAGAUUUAUAAGAUUUAGGAGAAAAUUUCCAUGAAAAAAAUUGGCCCCAUUUUUGCAAGUAGUUUUCAUAGUAGUUUGUUGAUUUGGGGACUGUAUGUACUCUGAGAAUAACCCCCUUUUUUGCUCAAAUGUGUUACAUUAUACACAACACUGAAAAAGAAAACUUUGUAUAAAGA